AUGACUCGGGUGACGAGUCGGUGUCGCAGACGGACAAGACGGAGCUGCAGAGCACGUUACGUACCUUGUCCAGCAAAGUGGAGGAUCUGAGCACCUGCAACGACCUGAUUGCCAAGCACGGCACGGCCCUGCAGCGCUCCCUCAGCGAGCUGGAGACCCUGCGCCUGCCGCCCGACAGCACCGACAAGAUCAAGCAAGUCAACGAACGAGCCACCCUCUUCCGCAUCACUUCCAACGCCAUGAUCAACGCCUGUCGGGAUUUUUUGUUACUGGCUCAAACCCACAGCAAGAAAUGGCAGAAAUCUUUACAACACGAACGGGACCAACGGAUCCGACUGGAGGAGACGUUGGAACAACUGGCCAAGCAGCACAACCACCUGGAAAGGGCUUUUCGUGGUGCCACCGUCCUGCCCGCCACCGCGCCCGGCACCGGCGGCUCUGCCAAAG